CGGACUCGCCAAACCCGUUCGGUGCAGGUGCGACCAGGAGCUGACUUGACGUUCUGCUCGUUCCUGACAGGGAAGGAAACCAUCCAAAAGCGCGAACUCGGUCAAUUCGAGUCGCCGCCUCAAUUCAGAUUUUCCGCCUGGGGAAACUCGAGUUGCACUGCUUGCACUUUCCGUCUGUCAGCGAAGCGCACAGUGACCCAGCGCAUACCACACGCGAGCCUGCUUGGAGGACCCAGCAAAUUAAAAAUUAAACGUGAAUUCCUCGCUUCAACUCGGCGGGCACACCAAACUCAAUCCAGCAGCACCCAACCAGGUUUCUGCGACCAGAAGCGGCCUCUCCGCUCAACGCCAGAUCAAGUCUAGGCCAUCGGCACAACGCUCAAAACAGCAUCUCCACCACGUUACCUUUUUCGUAUCUCGUGAUACCUGAACGGAACAAUGGCCGACAUCACGGACCAACACGACCAGACCUCGCCUACCGAGCUCGACGACGCGCAUUCGGUCAGCAAUGGCAAUGCUGCCGUCGAGAGUCGCGGCAUUAAGCGAGCGCGUCCUAGCACGGCUGACGACGACGACGACGAUGAUGAGAAGGGUGGUCGUGAACGCCGCAAGAUUGAGAUCAAGUUCAUCAGCGAUAAGUCGCGGCGGCAUAUCACGUUCUCGAAGCGCAAGGCAGGCAUUAUGAAGAAGGCUUACGAACUGUCGGUCCUGACAGGCACUCAAGUCUUGCUUCUCGUCGUGUCGGAAACCGGUCUCGUCUACACGUUUACGACGCCGAAACUGCAACCUCUUGUCACAAAGGCCGAGGGCAAGAACUUGAUUCAGGCAUGUUUGAACGCGCCUGAACCAGCUGCUGGCGACGGUGUGGACGACGCUAGCGCCGUAGACUCCCCCGAAGAGCCCACGAGCGCUCACCUUCCACCCCAGCCAAGCCGGCCCGGCCUGCCACAAGGCCAUAUGCCACCCAGUUACAUGCCCAACGUCGGAAUGGAUCCCCAGCAGGCGCUGGCGUACUCCAGCUACGUGCAACAGUCGCGGCCAAACCAGUAUAUGCCCCCUGCCAGCCUUCAGCAGCAUGCCGGCCACCAGUCCUAAACGUCACCUUGUCGGCUACGGCUACUAUCAUGACCUCCGCUUUUGCUCGCAAAAAAAAUACCCCAAUACAUUAAUGCAUUUGUGAACCGUCGUUUUCCGUGGUCGACAUCU